UGUGAUGAGUGUGGGAAGGAUUUUACCCAAGCUGGACACUUAAAAACACACCAACUCAUCCACAGUGGAGUUAAACCUUACAGCUGUGACUUGUGUGGAAAGUCUUUUACCGAGGCUGGAAACUUAAAAAAACACCAACUCAUCCACAGCGGAGUUAAACCUUACAGCUGUGACUUGUGUGGAAAGUCUUUUACCGAGGCUGGAAGCUUAAAAAAACACCAACUCAUCCACAGUGGAAUUAAAGCGUACAGCUGUGACUUGUGUGGGAAGGAUUUUACCCAGGCUGGACACUUAGAAAGACACCAACUCAUCCACAGCGGAGUUAAACCUUACAGCUGUGACUUGUGUGGAAAGUCUUUUACCGAGGCUGGAAGCUUAAAAAAACACCAACUCAUCCACAGUGGAAUUAAAGCGUACAGCUGUGACUUGUGUGGGAAGGAUUUUACCCAGGCUGGACACUUAGAAAGACACCAACUCAUCCACAGUGGAGUUAAACCUUACAGCUGUGACUUGUGUGGAAAGUCUUUUACUGAGGCUGGAGACUUAAAAAAACACCAACUCAUCCACAGUGGAGUUAAACCUUACAGCUGUGACUUGUGUGGAAAGUCUUUUACCCAGGCUGGAGACUUAAAAAAACACCAACUCAUCCACAGUGGAGUUAAACCUUACAGCUGUGACUUGUGUGGAAAGUCUUUUACUGAGGCUGGAAACUUAAAAAAACACCAACUCAUCCACAGUGGAGUUAAACCUUACAGCUGUGACUUGUGUGGAAAGUCUUUUACCGAGGCUGGAAACUUAAAAAAACACCAACUCAUCCACAGUGGAGUUAAACCUUACAGCUGUGACUUGUGUGGAAAGUCUUUUACCAAGUCUGGAAACUUAAAAACACACCAACUCAUCCACAGUGGAUUUAAAGCGUACAGCUGUGACUUGUGUGGAAAGUCUUUUACCGAGGCUGGAAACUUAAAAAAACACCAACUCAUCCACAGUGGAUUUAAAGCGUACAGCUGUGAGUUGUGUGGAAAGUCUUUUACCCAGCCUGGAAACUUAAAAAAACACCAACUCAUCCACAGUGGAGUUAAACCUUACAGCUGUGACUUGUGUGGAAAGUCUUUUACCGAGGCUGGAAACUUAAAAAGACACCAACUCAUCCACAGUGGAUUUAAAGCGUACAUCUGUGACUUGUGUGGAAAGUCUUUUACCCAGGCUGGAGACUUAAAAAGACACCAACUCUUCCACAGUGGAUUUAAAGCGUAAAACUCUCACUUGUGUGGAAAGUCUUUUACCCAUCGUAAAGGCUUAAAAUUACACCAUAUCAUGCACAGUGGAGUUAAACCUUACAGCUGUGAGUUGUGUGGUAAGACUUUUGCUCAAAAUAGCAGCUUACAGAGGCAUCUAGUUACCCACUCUGGAAUUAAGGCGUACAGCUGUGACUUUU